AUGGCUAAGCGCACCAUCAGGGAGCUCGAUGUGGCUGGCAAGCGGGUCCUCGUGCGCGUGGAUUUCAACGUGCCGCUCGACGAAGCUGGCCGAAUCGUCGACGACACGCGGAUUCGCGCCGCUCUGCCAACGGUUGAGCACUUGUUGGCGCAGGGUGCGUCCGUAAUUCUGAUGUCGCACUUGGGUCGCCCCCGUGGGCGACGAGUCCCCGCGCUAUCGCUGGCCCCGGUAGCCGAGCGCCUAAGCCAGUUGUUGGGACGCGCGGUGGGCAUGGCUCCAGAUUGCGUGGGGACCGAGGUUGCAGCCCAAGCCGCGGCCUUGCAGCCGGGGCAGGUCCUGCUCUUAGAGAAUGUGCGCUUCCACCCGCAAGAGGAGCAAAACGAGCGGACUUUUGCGCAGCACUUAGCCGAGUUGGGCGAUGCGUACGUCAACGACGCCUUUGGGGCGGCGCACCGAGCCCACGCCUCGACUGAGGGGGUGCCGCGCUGUAUGGGCGCGGGGGCCAGCGGCCUGUUGAUGGAGCGGGAAAUUGCCUAUCUCGACGAGACGCUGCGCUGUCCGCAACUGCCAUUUACCGCCGUUUUGGGCGGGGCCAAGAUCUCGGGCAAGAUCGAGCUGAUUGAGCACUUGCUCGACCGAGUGGACGCCCUGCUUAUCGGCGGUGGUAUGGCCUAUACCUUUUUCAAAGCUAUGGGGUUGGAGAUCGGGGAUUCGCUGCUCGAAGAGGACCGCAUAGAUACAGCCCGACAGCUAUUGACCCGAGUAGAAAAGGGUGGAUUGGAUCUCCAGCUUCCAGUGGAUUGCGUGGUCGCCGACCGCUUUGCCGCCGACGCCCAAGUGCAAGUGGUCGCCUGCGACGCCAUACCACGCGGUUGGCAGGGCAUGGACAUCGGCCCCCAGACCCGGCAGCGCUAUGCCGACCAGAUCGCUCGCGGGGGCACCAUAGUGUGGAACGGCCCCCUCGGAGUCUGUGAGAUGGUGCCCUUUGCCCAAGGUACCCAACAGGUCGCCCUAGCCCUAGCGGCCGCCACCCGCGAGGGUGCCGUGAGCAUUAUUGGCGGCGGGGACACGGCCGCGGCGGUAGCCCAGGCCGGCUUGGCCCAGGCGAUGACUCACAUCUCCACUGGGGGCGGAGCUUCGCUAGAGUGCAUGAGUGGGCGAGUCUUGCCCGGGGUGGCGGUCUUAGACGACGAGGAAAGCUGA